CAAUGACUAUCAAGCGAGGAAUAAUAUCUUCAAACAUGAUUUUGCAAAAACUGAUAAUGAUGAUCAUUAUAAUUGGAUUAUUCAUAAAUUCCGAGAUGAUCAAUGCCAAUAGAGUUAACGUUCAGGAAAUUAGGGAGGCAAGAAGUGGAAUUAAACUUGCUCCUCUUCCGAAUAGUAAUUCUAUGGAGGAAUUAAAAGCCUUCAGAGAGGAAAAUUAUAAAUUACUCAAGAUUUGGAAUCAAAAGAGAAAAUUGAGAAAUUCAAAGAGAGGAUUUUAUUCAUCAGAUGAUUUUCAAAUUAGACAUGUUCAUUUGGCAUAUACUCAACAACCAAAUGAAUUAGUAGUUCAAUUUCAUACAUUUUCCUAUCAUGAUAAAUUGGGAAAACCACUGGUGAGGAUUGGAAAGUCAGUCAAUCAAUUAAAUGCUGUCUAUCAUGUUGGUGCUGUCACAACUGGAUACGGAGAUACCAAUCAUACAGGAUUUGAUCAUGCAAUUUUGAUGAAUAAUUUGGAAUUUGAUACUACCUAUCAUUAUCAAGUUGGGUUGGGAGUUGUGUCACCAAAUGGUGUUCCACUCUUUACUGUCCAAUCACCAGUCUAUAAUUUUACUACAAGAAGUGAAGAUCCAGAUGAAAUUACUCUUCUCUCCUUUGCUGAUAUGGGUGUUGUUUUUUCACCGCUCAAUGUUAAGAGAAUUCAGCAAAGAGUUAGAGAACAUGCUGGUAAUGGAAACUUUUUCAUUUGGCAUGCAGGUGAUAUUUCUUAUGCUGAUUUUUACUUUGGGUUCAUGUACCAAUUUAUUUGGAAUUUAUGGUUUGAGUACAUGGAAGAAAUCAUGCCUUAUGUUCCUUACAUGGUUUCAGUUGGUAAUCAUGAAUAUCAACCACGUCAUCCUGAUGUAGGUCAAGAGUACGAGUUUAAUUUUGCCGCAUUUAAUCACAAGUUUUGGAUGCCUUUGCGUAAUGAUUCUAGUUAUGGACACAAUAUGUGGUAUCAUUUUGAUUUUGGUCCAGUAAGAUUUGUCUCUCUCGAUACAGAAACCAAUUUUAAACAUGCGCCAUUUCCUCCAGUUUUCAAUGGAGAUCACGUCUCUUAUAUAACCAAUUCCUUAAAAUCUACUAAUAAGGACCAGACACCUUUUGUAAUGGUAAUUGGUCAUAGACCUAUUUAUUCUGCUGUUCACGACUUUAGUGAUGCAAGUGGAAAUGUUAUUGGUCAAUCAAAGGUUUAUCAAAAGUUGUGGGAAGAAUUGUUCCGUGAGACAACCGACUUGUUUAUGGCUGGUCACGUACAUGCUUACGAGAGACAAUAUCCAGUCUUUAAUCAGACAAUAUAUCCCAUGCCUGAUCCUCAACAUUUAGUCUCACCUAAUGUUACCAUUCACAUUAUUAAUGGAAGUGGUGGAUGCUUGGAAGGUUUGGAAGAGACUCAAUGGUACAAUAAGAAUAUUCCUUGGAAUUACAAAAUGUUUAAUGGUGAUGAAGGAUAUGCAAUCUUAAAAGUCCAGAGAAAUAGACAAACCAGGCAAGUCACAGCAGAGUGGAAAUUUCACACAGCCACUGAACAACAGGUGAUUGAUUCGUUUACUUUGGUCAAAAAAUAUUAAACCAUUUUUGAAAUUUUGUAUU